AUGGAGGAAGAAGAGGAUCAAAUUUUGCUCUCUAGUUUGGGCGUGAAGUCUGCCAAUCCCGAAGACAUUGAACGCGAUGUGUUGGAAAAGGCUACUAGGAAUGAUUCAGUGACAGGUACUGAAGUUGAAGGUAGUGCCAAGGAAGAAUGUUCUGAUUUGCCUGAAGAUGUUGAUCCAUCAGCUAAUGCUAAAGCUGAACUUCACCACAAGUUGAGAGCUGUACUAUUCGAAAUUGAUGCAGUUGCCUCCACCGUUGAGCAGUUGAGAAAUGUGGAAAAUAAUGAAGAAUGUAGUGGUGCUGGUGAGGACGGAUUGGUGUCAGGGAUUGCUGAGGGCGAUUCCUCUGACAAGUCAAAUCUUCAGUGUGUUCUUGCUGCCGAUAGACUGAGGAGUCUGAAGAAGACGAAAGCUCAACUAGAAAAAGAGCUUUUGAAUUUGUCUAAGGAUGAUGCUUCCAAAAGUGUUGAGGAUGAACAAUUGAUCUUUAGUUUAGUUAGGGAAGAGCGGAAGCCAAAGAGGAAGGUUACAGAAGAUAAAAAAUCAAAUAAAAGCAAGGGAAAGCGAGUUAAGAAGGUUUCCUUUGAUGAUGAUGUUGAUUUUGAUACUGUUCUGGAUGCAGCCUCUGCAGGCUUUGUUGAAACAGAAAGGGAUGAACUGGUGAGGAAAGGAAUUUUAACCCCUUUUCAUAAGUUAAAGGGCUUUGAGCGACGUUAUCAACAACCAGAAACAUCAACUAGUCAUAAUGCAGCUGAGGAAGAAAAUGCUGGUGAUCUUGCUGCUGCCAGUGUUGAAAGAGCUGCGAAGUCCAUGUAUGAGGCAGCAAGAUCUCGCCCAACCACUAAGCUGCUUGAGCCUGAAGAUGCACCAAAGCUUGAUGCACCCACUUUUCCAUUUCGAAGGCUCAAGAAACCACUACAAUGUUCCAAACCUCUAGAUAGAGAGGUGGAGCUGAAUAAAGAUUCAAAAAGGAAAAAGAGGCGGCCUCUGCCUGGUAGGAAAUGGACCAAGCGUGUUUCGUGUGAGGACACACGUAUGGAAGAAAGUGAAAACGCAGAUGGCUGCUUGGAUGCUCCCAGUUUUGAAAAUUUAGAAGAACAAGACAUUGAGCUUGAUGAUCAUGAACCUUAUGUAACAUUAGAAGGUGGGCUGAAAAUUCCUGAUAAGAUAUUUGACGCUCUGUUUGACUAUCAAAAGGUUGGUGUUCAGUGGCUGUGGGAAUUGCAUUGCCAAAGAGCUGGUGGAAUUAUUGGUGAUGAGAUGGGACUUGGUAAAACUGUCCAGGUCUUAUCGUUUCUUGGUGCAUUGCACUUUAGUGGUAUGUACAAACCCAGCAUUAUUGUGUGCCCAGUUACACUCUUGCGACAGUGGAAAAGGGAAGCUAACAAGUGGUAUCCAAAAUUCCAUGUAGAGCUUUUACAUGAUUCGGCUCAAGAUUCUGUUCCUAGAAAGAAGCGAGCUAAAUCUGAAGAAACAGACUGUGAAAGCAAUAGUUCAAGUGACAAUGAUUAUGAGAAAUGUGUGCCAUCUAGAAACACAAGAAAAUGGGAAUCCCUGAUAAAUCGUGUCAUGAGAUCGGAAUCCGGAUUACUUAUCACCACUUAUGAGCAGCUCAGAAUAUUGGGGGAUCAGUUGCUUGACAUUGAAUGGGGUUAUGCAGUUCUUGAUGAAGGGCAUAAAAUAAGGAAUCCAAAUGCUGAAGUUACCCUGGUUUGCAAGCAGCUACAAACUGUACAUCGCAUCAUAAUGACUGGUGCACCUAUUCAGAACAAACUGACUGAACUGUGGUCAUUGUUUGAUUUUGUUUUUCCUGGAAAGUUGGGUGUUUUGCCUAUAUUUGAAGCGGAAUUUGCAGUUCCUAUAGCAGUUGGUGGAUACGCAAAUGCUUCACCUUUGCAAGUAUCCACAGCAUACAGGUGUGCUGUGGUGCUACGUGAUUUAAUCAUGCCUUAUCUUCUCCGAAGAAUGAAGGCUGAUGUGAAUGCCCAACUUCCAAAGAAGACUGAGCAUGUUCUAUUUUGCAGCCUUGCACCAGAGCAAGUAUCUGCUUAUAGAGCAUUUUUAGCUAGCACUGAUGUAGAGCAAAUAUUGGAUGGACACAGGAAUUCUCUUUAUGGUAUUGAUGUCAUGCGCAAGAUCUGCAACCACCCUGAUCUACUUGAAAGGGAUCAUGCCUUCAGUGAUCCAGAUUAUGGAAAUCCGGAGCGUAGUGGGAAAAUGAAAGUUGUAGCUCAAGUUCUUAAUGUUUGGAAGGAACAGGGUCACCGAGUUCUCCUUUUUACUCAAACCCAACAAAUGCUUGACAUUUUUGAGAAUAUUUUGACAACUUCUGGUCACAUUUAUCGGAGAAUGGAUGGUCUCACUCCUGUAAAACAGAGAAUGGCCUUAAUAGAUGAAUUUAAUGCUUCAAGUGAAAUAUUUAUUUUCAUUUUAACAACCAAAGUUGGGGGUUUGGGGACCAAUCUUACAGGUGCAGACAGGGUGAUCAUCUUUGACCCUGACUGGAAUCCCUCAAAUGAUAUGCAGGCCAGAGAGCGAGCUUGGCGUAUUGGUCAGAAGCGGGAUGUAACAGUGUAUAGGUUGAUAACACGUGGAACUAUAGAGGAGAAAGUUUAUCACCGUCAGAUUUACAAACACUUUCUUACGAAUAAGAUAUUGAAGAACCCACAGCAGAAAAGGUUCUUUAAAGCCCGGGAUAUGAAAGAUCUUUUCACGCUUAAUGUGGAUGGAGAAACUGGGUCAACUGAAACAUCAAAUAUUUUUGGUCAAAUAUCUGAAGAAGUAAAUGUCAUUGGGACACAGAAAGGAAAUAAGGAUAAGUAUAAACAUAGCCAAACUGCCAAACUGGAUUCUGAAGAUGUUGCGGUUAGUAAUGAUGACAAGUCAGAGAGAGGAUCUUUGGAAGGAAAAGGGAAAGAGAAGGUUGAACACAAUAAUGGGGUUGAUGAUGAAACAAAUAUAUUGAAAAGUCUUUUUGAUGCCAAUGGGAUACAUAGUGCCAUGAACCAUGAUUUAAUCAUGAAUGCCCAAGAUGAGGAGAAGAUGAGACUUGAGGAGCAAGCAUCCCAGGUUGCACAAAGAGCUGCAGAAGCAUUACGUCAGUCACGAAUUCUCAGAAGCCAUGAUAGUGUAUCUGUUCCCACAUGGACAGGAAGGUCAGGAACUGCUGGUGCACCAUCAUCUGUAAGGCGGAAGUUUGGUUCAACUGUAAAUGCGCAGUUGGUAAAUAAAAGCAAGGUAUCUGAUGAAUUACCCAGCAAGGGAACUACCAAGUUAAAUGGAUUCGCUGCUGGUGCAUCUGCUGGGGCAUCUGCUGGUAAAGCAUUAUCUUCUGUCGAACUAUUGGCUCAAAUUCGAGGUAAACAAGAGAAAGCCAUUGGUGCUGGGCUUGAACAUCAGUCUGGUAUAUUGUCAAGUUCCACGAAUCAAGCAAGAUCUGUAGAUGUUAGAUCUUCCCAGGUUACCGCAAGUUCAUCUGGAUUACAACCUGAAGUAUUGAUUCGGCAAAUCUGUACUUUUAUACAACAGCGAGGGGGUAGUUCUGAUUCAGCUAGCAUAGUUCAAUAUUUCAAGGAACGUAUUCCCUCAAAAGAUCUUGCCUUGUUCAAGAAUCUGUUAAAGGAAAUUGCGACUCUGCAUAAAGGAUCAAAUGGAUCCUAUUGGGUUCUAAAACCAGACUAUCAAUUCUGA